GCUCAGUCGCGGUGGUUCUGUUUGGUGGUUAAAUUAGGGUGGCUGAGUCUCGCGCCGCGGCAAGUAAUUUAGUUUAUAAGUGGAUGUGUCGAACGUGGCGACGAAGCAGUCUGGAGAUAUAUUUAACUGUCACCACAAGUUCGAGUGAUUAUUGACGGGAAAUAAUUUGAAUUAUUGUUAACUUUGGAGUACGCGAUAACCUUGAAGUAGUGUUACGUUACUUUGUUAGUACGCGAAAUCGAAAACAACCUCGCCAUCGUCAGCAGCAGGGAUCAAAAGUUGGAUCGCACAGGAAUUACUUGAAUUGUUUACACAUACAUCGCCAAAAUGAAGAACUUCUCGGUGAAUCUCUUGUCGUUUGUUCUUGUUGGUACUUUAUGUAUCGCUGCUGCGCAAGACCACAUUCCCACUCAAGAUGAAAUACUCCAAGCUGUACCGGACCUGAACCGAAUACCUUAUUUUGAAAAUCUCAAUGCAUCUGGUAUUAAGACUGAAGAAGUGGAAAGGCUUAUGAGAGAAAAGUGUACAGAAAAUGGAGGGCCUAACGCGUUUGAACAGGCCAAAUCAUCCCCGGGAGAAUUUCAAACCUGCAUGCAAGCACUACUGAAUGUCACACAGAUCCAAGCUGAGAUGGAAGAAGCACGAGAGCGCAAUGCUCUAGAUGACGUUUUUGAGAAAUAUUGUAGGAAGGUCCCAGAUGUCAAGAAGUGUGUGAGAAGUCUAGGAAACAACAUCGAACUCUGCCUUGACAGCGAAGAACGUGAGAAUAUAGUCGUCAUUAAUAACAUGACUAGCUCACUGCUCGAGUUUAUUUGCCAUGAUCAAGGUGAUCGUAUUGCAAUGUUCAUUGCUGCGGGUGGUCCAGAAUGUAUUUCUUCCAAGCAAACAGCGCUCGAUACCUGUAUGAAAGAUACCGUGGCCAAUUACUUACCUGCAGCCAAUUCUACUUCUGGAACUCCGGGUCUUCCAAAUCUUCCAUCAUUUGUUCUGGGCAUCAAAGAAUGCACAGACAUAUCUAGACUCCAAACUUGUGCUGUGAAAGUUUUGGAGGAUUGUGAAGAUCCAACACCAGCCAACGUCGUCGACGCUCUAUUUACGUUUGUCAAAAAAGUAACACCUUGUGAAAAUUUACUCAAAGGCCAACCUUCGCCAACUGCGGAUAAUCACAGAGGUGGGAACAAAAAUGGUGUUGCAGCUACGGGUUUCAAUUCGUUAGUGUUAACAAUCGCUACAGCGAUAUUUCUGAGAUUUGCGUAAAAGACAUUUAAACGUUCGAUGUAAACCGAUUCAGUUUUCAGCUGAGAAAAUUUCAGGGAACAGGCUGGAAUUUUUUUUUUCUCAUUCAAAAAUAUCGUAAAACAAUUGUGAAUAUUUGAGAGUUAAAAAACGUACCAAUUACUGACAUCAACUAUAAAUUUUUGUUGAUCUCGAAUUUGAGUCCACGAGCAAAGGAUCCUUGUGUAUAUUUAUCAAACUGUUAUUAUAUUAGUCAACGAUGCGGCUUGUGAGAUAUGAGCAGGAACAUUAAUUCCGGUAAAGAUGUAAGCCGUGCCUUUUCAAAAAAAGUGAAAGUAGUCAGGAAUACUCAUACCAUGUAUAACACAUGUUAUGGUAAAUUUAAAAUAAAUUACUGAAAACUUUUGUACUAUGUGGCAUCAGAUUGAGGGCUGGAAAAAACAUCACGAAUUGUGUUUCGUAAUAUCUUACUAAGAAUAAGGCCGGAAAUUAGCUCGCUAUGCUGGUAUCAAACUUUAAAAAACGUAUUUAUUAUUUGUGUUUGUUCAAAUUUUGUCUUAUUACGUUUAUAAAAAGAGACUGCAAGUCAUUCAUUCUCUUAUUGUACUUUGAGUAACAUAGAAUAUCUUUCGUUGGUUUUGUUCAUGUUGUAAACAAAAAGCAUAAAAGUCUAUUAUUUACACUUCGCGAAGACGCAUUUCGAAUGAAACAUUUAGAAUCAUUUCAAAAUAUCCAUAUUUACUCUCAAGCCAAAUACUGAAAGGCUGUUUAUGCCGUAAUACCCACGGGUAUAACUAGCGGUGAAAGGAACAAAACAAAAUCUAUAGCACCACAAAAUAUCCAAUGGGACGUGCAUCUAUAAUCUUACUAAUAUGAAGCAUGGGGUAAGAAAUAAAUCUGACGUAUGCGAAAUAGUUGCUUUUCGAAAUUUCUAUAUAAGUGUAGCAAAAAAAUCCCAUUGUCAACUACUCGAGGUCAUUACAGUACUCUCAGUCUACACCCAUCAAUGUCAUCAAAUGACGAUAGGUACUUCCACUCUUAAUUGAUAUUAUCCAUUUAAUGUGGGCUAUCUUAUUACACUACUGUUUUUACGUACCGUUGGGUAUUUGGAAUGUAGCUACUUUUUUACAUACAUGACACCUAUAAAAAUUUUGUAAGUUUGUACAUUCAUUGACACACAUGUUCAGAAUUCUAUUCAAUAAAAUUAUUAAGUAAAAA